UAUGUCUUUCACUCUAGAGAACUAUAGAAUGUGCCUUUCUCACUCAUCUGUGUAAUUUCGUUCCAUGGUCAUGUCAUGGAGAUGUAGAUAAACUAAUAAAAAAACAAAAUAAUAUUUAUAUAUAAGAUAAGAAAAGAAACUUAAAUGUUUUUAUGAAAAAAAAUAGCAGAUAGCUUUAUCAGGCAAAGACAUACUUAUAUUAAAAAGAAGUAUUUGAUGACAAUUACUAUAAUGAGCAGAGUAGGAAGAGUAGGUCCAGCGCAAAUGAAAAAACUCUUAGAUCUUUUAAGUGAAGACGGAGUUCUAGAAGAUGGUAAAAUUUUGUACACAGAGACCACUCGGCAAAACUUCUGGAAGCGGAUUGCUACACAACUGAAUGCGGUUAACGGUGGCGUCUAUAAAAACACUUGGCAAUGGUGCAAGAUGUGGGCCGAUUGGAAAACCAAAACCAAGAAAAAAGCAAACAUAUUGUUUCAUAGAAAGAAAUACAAAGUAGAACAGAAAAUCGUAGCGUUUACCGAUUUGGAGUUAAGGUUAUUGAAAAUGAUUAAAUACCCUUUUGAUGAUAGCUCCGACUCUCUCCAGUUGGAUAUGUUAGUUGAUAAAACUGAUGAUGUUGACAAUACAGUGGAUGAAUUACAAAAUCAAGACUUUGUAAUUGAAGAUUAUAUUGUUGAGAGAAUGUCAUCAAAUGAUGAUGACAAGACUGAACACUUUGUAGAAAAUAAUGAAACUAAUUUCUGCAGUGUAAAUGUACAGGACAAAUAUGAUACCGGAGACUGUUCUUCAGGCACUUACAAAGAAGAGAAAGUCAAAAUAAAAGGAAAAUCCUAUAAAAGAAAGAAGAUAUCUCUGGAAGAGUAUAAAAUACGAACAACUAUGGAAUUAGAAAAAGAAAAAGUGCAACAAAAAACAGAAGAGCUAAGAUUGAGAGCAUUAGAGUUAAAGGUAAAAGGAGAUGAGUUGAAACUAAAGGAAUUAGAAAUGAACAAAAUUAAUUACAUGACAAAUAUAGAAGAGGAGAAACUAAAAUGCUUAAAAGAAAUAUCAUCUUGCCUGAAAGAAUUGGUGGAGCGAAAUAGAUCUGGUAACCUUCGGUUUACGAAUAUGUUAUGAAAUGAAGUGCUGUAGAAGUCUACCCAAAUUGAAACCUGGAUCUAAUUACAACAAAAUAGUUGCAAUAAAGUUUUAACAACAGUACACUUAUCGAUGUUCAUCGGUGAGGUGUGGCAUAAUCUUUGUAUAUAGCAUUAAUUUUAUAAUGUAAAUAUAUUGCGUAAGAAAAAGGAAACAAAGUUUUAUGAAUAAUUGGAAAUAUUAUAUUGUUUUUAAAA